AUGGUGAGUCAUGCCGACGAUGGCAGGCAGUCAAGAAGAAGUUCAGUUGCGAAGGUGCCGUCCGACGGCCUUUCAGAUGGCUCCACUCACGAUGGACAUCGGUCGCGGCAGAGCAAGACGUCCCAAGAGUUCACAUGUCUGGAGGCGUUUGCGAAUCCCAAGCGCGAGAAUUGGUGCGAUGUCCGCGACGACGAUAGCGACGGCGACGACCAAGACUUGUGGCUGUCCGCCUCGCCCUUCAAAGAGCCGACCACUGAAGCUCCAGCCACACCGAGCCGCCAUCGGCCGGCCCCGCGACGGCGCAGCAAGCGCGACUCGCCCAGGGAGGAGAUCCAACACAGCCAAGGCAGACCCGAGGCCGUGCAGCAACCAGCUCAGAUCCCUGGCUCCGUGGUCACCAUCGCAGACAUCGGGCUUCCGUGCGGUGCUCCGCCGGCGCCGGCGCCUUGCGGCGCCUGCGGCGCCACAAGCGCCGCCGCGAAGGCCAUGCCGACUCCUCCGAUGUGGCCAGGCAUCAUGAGUACAUCUCCCAUCGAGCAGCCAAGGCCUGCCGUCUUCUUGCCCUGCGGAGCUAUAGGUGCUUCUGGUGGUCCGCCUGCCCGUUCUCCCAUGAAUGGCGGUUCCCUCCCUGUUGGCUCUCCCACGGGCGACGCCUCCACCAGGGCCAUCUACUCUGGAUCGCCCACAUUCAUGGGGCCACCAAUGACACCCAUGACACCUGUAGACCCGUCGCUCCGACCGGCCCAGUGGCCGGACGCUUCGCCUGUGUAUCAACCGUGUGCUUGGCCUUGGCCGCCUGCCGGCGUUCAACCUCAACCCGGCAUGGCGCCCAUGGCGCCCAUGGCGCCAGCGGGUGUCGCAUUGGUGCUUGCGUUGCUGUCUUGCAUCAACAGUGGCACCGGAGAGAGAUCUUUUGCAAUGGCGGACGAUGAGAAAGGCAGUGGGGCAUGGAGCAAGGUGCCCACAUGGGAUGGUGAUCCAAAGAGUUGGCGGUCAUUUCAACGUGAGAUGGAAUGGUGGUUGGAAUCCUUGGAUGUCAAUGCAACUACGAAGUAUAACUUAGCUGCAAGAUGGCUCCUUCGGCAGAGUGGCAUAGUAAGGCAAAGAGGUGAGGAGUUCACACCCAGUGAGCUUGCCCAUCAACCUGAGGAGAAAGCCAUAGACCCUGAGACUGGUGAUGAAUAUGUGGUGGUUCAGGCAGAUCCUUUAAAGGGCAUGCGAAAACUGUUGAAAGCCUUGGAGUCCAUCAACGGAAAGACAGUGCUUGACAAGAGAGGAGAUUUGCGCAACUCCUUCUACUUGGAACUUCGUCGGAAACCCGGCGAGCGCAUUUCUGAGUUUUGCACAAGGUUCAGAUCAGCAGUGGCAGAUUUGAGAAUGGAAGGGGUGACUUUGCCCUCGGGAGAGCUUGGAUGGUUUCUCAAACAAAAGUUGGGUUUGGACGCCAUUAGAACCCAACUCCUUGAGACUGCGCUUCAGGGGAAAGAAUCCUAUGAAGAGACUGAGGUGGAAGUGCUGAGGUUGUUUCGUGACUUGCAUGUCUCAGACCCUUUGCAACGACGUGCAGUGGAACAGCAGAAGAACCCAGUUUUUAGGCGUUUUCUGUCUCAGCAGUCAGGUCCACCAAGCAGAAGUUCAUAUGCACCGUCCUCAGCAGCUGCUUCAAUGUCUUCAGGUGGUUCAAGCCGAUCCUUUGCAACUUCGGCAUCCCGGCAUUCGACAUAUCGAAAGCCUUUUAGCAAUCCUCCUCGUCAAGCACAUGUGACCGAGACUGAAGAUGACGAGGUGCCUGAAGAUGAAGAGGAGAUGAUUCCGGAGAAUGAGAAUGGUGGCAACAACCUUGAAGAGGUGCUUCAAGCUGAAGCUGAGAUUCUGGCAUCAGAGAUCGAAGAAGCCUUGGAGGAUGGCAUUGAUGCCAGCUUGGUCCAAGACAUGGAGGAGACGGUGGAGUCUGCUGCAGAAGCCUUGGUGACGAUGCGUGAAGCCCGUCACAAGCUGGCUGAGGUGAAGAAAGACAGAGGCUAUGGCAAGGUGUCUCCUACAGGCACUUCAACGACUUCUACCAAAGCGAAAGUAGAUGCCAAGAAGUCGUCGGGGAAAUAUCCCUGUUUUGACUGUGGAAAAGUUGGGCAUUGGGCAGGAGACUCAAGCUGCUCGAGUCCAGGCGCUGGCAUUGGAAGGAAAAGCUCUCGCAAGCCGCCGAAGUCUGUGAGGGUUGUCGAGACUCUCAAUACUGAGCAUGUUGUGGAUGGGCCCAUAGAUGAUGGUCAUGAUUCCAAUGAAGUUUUGACUGUGACGAAGGUCAAUCCCAACAUGUCCAUGAGCGAAGCUUUGGAGCAGAGUUCAACGAAGCGAGAAAUUUAUGCAGUCUCGACUGGACUCGCCCAGGACAAGCGUUUGGUUGGUGCCCUCGACUCAGCCUGCAAUAGAACGGUGACUGGACCCCAGUGGCUUCAGACCUUUUUGCAUGCUCUCCAUGAUGCUCCUCAAGAUGUGCGUGAUUUGAUUUCAAAGACUGAUGAAACUGAGACUUUCAAGUUUGGUGAUGGCGGAACUCAAGUUAGCCAUGAACGUUGGAGGUUGCCCAUGAUGAUUGGUGAUGUUUUGGUGUGCUUCAAUGUUUCCAUAGUCCCUGUGCCUAGUCUUGGACUUCUCCUUGGCCGUGAUUUUUUGGAAACUUUAGGAGCCACGAUGGACUUUUCUCGGAAGAUCAUCAAGUUUGACUUCAUUGGUUCAGCUGCAAUCCACUUGAAGCAGUUGACUGCAGGUCAUUACCUGCUACCAUUGCUGCCUCAAGCGUGGAAGCGUGUGGGCCCUCAACGUUGGAGAAAGUUUGGCAUAGAUGGAGUAGUUGAACUGCAGUUGUCAACACGCAAAUGGUUGGAUCAAGACCUGCAUGACUUGUCCUGCAGCAACUUCCUUUACGACUCCAUCCUCUACGACAUCUUUGACUUCGAGAUCUUCAGCAAAAUGGACGCAAGAUCCCGUUGGCACCUUUCUGGGUUGCACUUAUGGCUUGUGCGGCAUCCUGGUCUGCGACAUCUACCGUGUCCGUACCCAGCUGUCGGCAACCUGGUCCAGUGGCAGAAGCAAGCAACUAUGAUGGUGGAGAAUGGCAUUCUGCCAGCCGCGGCGCUUCGAAAGGCCUUGGCUGCAAAGAGCUUCAAUGUCCAAAACUUCCAAGACGCGAUCCAGCUGAGAAACCGCUUCGGCAUCAAGAUGAGCUUCUUGGAGGACCCGCUGCUCGACGGCAUGAUGGCUGGGAAGGCCGUGGCGGGACUUGCAUCUCAAGUCAAGCGAGAUGCCAUGAAAGAGGCCAAGGCGAAGGCAGACUUGGCGCUGAAGAAGGGCCAGGCAGAAGACGAGGCGAGGGCGAUGAUUGGUCCCCGCGGAGGUCUUCCAAGCCUUCGCCAAGAUUUGGUGCGACUGACAGCUCUUGUGAAGGUCCCCAUCAACGAGAAGAUGACAGUGCCUCAGCUAAAAGAUGCAGUUCGACCAACAGUCGAGUUGUUGAAGGUUCAGCCCAAAACUGCAUCAACGGCAAGGUCAUCUCAGGAGGUGGUUCCAAAACAAACCAUGAAGCAGGUUCAGCCACCACCAGCCAUGAAGUCUGUUCCGCAACAAGAUGUUCACAAGUACUUGAUGGAGCAACAACAGAAGUUUCAAGAAACCAUGCUCAAGCUGGGCGUGUCGGCCGAGCAGUUUCAUCAGGCCAGCCUUUCAGGAACGUAUCGACGAAGCGAUGGCAAGUGGCUAUCAGGAUCUUCAGGAUGGGGAGUGGGCCAUCCGACGGGCGGCAGCGAACGGCCCUCUGACGGUGGACAUGACCGUGUACGACAACAUGGUGAAUUUGGACGAUUGAAUGACGCGGAAGCCUUUGAGAUCAGACAAGAUCUCAAGAGAGGCCAAGCAAAGCUGAUUGCGGAUGCUUGGAACAAGCACAUGGCAGACUGCAAGAAGGUUUCCGCUGGUUUCAAGGAUGUCAGAGAGAUCUUGGAGGUUGAAUUUGAGAAGGAGAUGCAAGAUCUUUGUGCAUGCGGUGGACCUUACAUCUUCCUUGAAUCGAACCUCGCCCAUGACGAGUUCGAAGCCACAACGUUUGAGUCCAUCUUUGAGUCCUUUGAGAUCACAGUCGAGCUCUACGUCCCAAAGAAUGACAUCGUCCCUGAGAACCACAAGACCCUUGAAGAGACCUAUGUCACUUGCUGGCACUUUGGAGCGCGCGCGUGGUUUGAGCACUAUUCCCUUGACGAGGAGUUCGACAAUUGCUCGCUCUCUGCAGCGUCCGAGCGCUUCAUGAUUGACGAGAAGUUCGGCACUUGCUCACCCUUUGGAGUCUACACCAACACGCAGCGUGUCAUGAACGAAGCAGCAAAACGUGGGCAUCGUGUUGGAACCCCAAUGAGCUUGGAGACUGGUUGGAAUUUUCUGAUACCUGAACAUCGAGAAGAAGCCAAAGAAAUCAUCAAGAAGGAGAAACCCCUCUUCCUCAUGCUGGCGUUUCCUUGUGGCCCUUUCAGUCCUUUGCAGCGAUUGAAUCCGUCACCUAUGCAUGAGGAGAACUUGAAGAACGGCAGAAUCUUGAUGGACUUUGCCAUUGAACUGGCGCAAAUUCAACUUGAUGGAGGACGGCACUAUGUGAUGGAAAACCCGCGUCCUAGCGGCGCAUGGAAGGAACCUUCAAUGAUGCGGUUCAUGGAGUCCAGCUUGGCCUCCACAGUCACUUUUGAUCAGUGUCGACUUGGUUUGCGAAGUCGAGGCGGUGGUCUUCAUCGAAAGGCAACGCAGUUGGCAUCUUCGAGCCCUACGGUGACUUCGUCCUUGGAGAAUUGUCGGUGCACGCGCACUCAUGUUCAUGAUCCUGUGAUCGGUGGGAAGGCAGUGACGGAACGUGCUGGUCACUAUCCCAUCCGAUUGGCCAAGCGGCUGGUCAUUGGCAUGGAGAGGCAGUUCAAUGAGGAGGCAUUGAAGAGCUCUGAGGUGUUGGCGGUUGGUCCUGGAGAAGAAGAUGACUUCCCAGCUUCGGCAUUGCCGAUGUUUGACUCCGAUUCUGAAGUUGAAGAACGUGUGGUCCCCGCCAUCGAUGGCAAGAUUCCUGCGUCAGUUAGAGCUCUGAUUGCUCGUUUGCACAACAACACCGGCCAUCGAAGCAAUAAACGAUUGGCCAGGGCUCUGACUCUUUCAGGUGCUCCUUCUGAGGUCAUUCGGGCGGCAAAGGAACACAAGUGCAGUGUUUGCAUGGAGAGAGUUCCUCCCCGUCCUCAACGACCAGCUUCACUGCCUGAACCUCGCGAUGUUUCAGAUCAAGUUCAUUGUGACUUAGUUGAAGUCUAUGAUGCAACUGGACAGAAGUUUUUCAUCAUCCAUGCCACAGAAUUCUGCACUCGUUUUCAGCUUGGUCAAGUUUUGGAGCGUAGGACUGCGGAUGAUGUGAUCAACUUUUUUCGUACAGUUUGGCUUCCUGUUUUUGGCCCCAUGCGGACUCUGGUGUGUGACCAAGCCAGGGAGUUCAUAUCCCAUGCCUUCCAAGAUUUUUGCUCUGAGCAAUCUGUGUUGCUUUGGCACAUUGGCGUUGGUGCCCCAUGGCAGAAUGGAAUAGCAGAGAGGUCAGGUGGGAUAUUAAAGGCUGUAUUGGGUGCUACAGUGGUUGCAAACUCAGUCGUAGGCAAGGACGAUAUGGCCGUGGCGCUUGGAGAAGCCUUGUCAGCUUACAACCAUGACAUCAAUGAAUCUGGUGUUUCUCCAGCCCAAGCGGCACUUGGAAAAGCUCCACGACUUCCAGGUGACGUGCUGAGUGAUGUGCAGAGUCGAUUGGCUGAGCAUGAUUUGGUUAGCAACAACCCUUCAUUUGCAAGGCAGUUGGCACUGCGGGAAACGGCAAAAGUCGCAAUGACAAGACUGCAUUUCAGUCGUGGCCUUAGAAGGGCAGAAUUAGCACGAAGCAGAAAUCCCACCAUUGAGAAUGAGCCGAAUCCUGGUGAGAUUGUUUACUUUUUCCGUUUCCAGAAGUACAACUCAAAGCACAGCCAAAAUCGACGUCGGUUGUCACUGAAGAGGUGGCAUGGGCCUGCACUUUUAGUUGCCAUUGAAAAGAGUUCCGAUGGCAGCAAUGGAGCGAAUGCCUACUUGUCCUUCAAGGGCCAGUUGACCAAGUGCAGCAUGGAGCAUGUGAGAAAAGCCUCGCCCUUGGAACAGAUCGCCUCUGAUGUGUGGAAAGAUGCUAUUGAAGAUGUCAUCAGCCAGGCGAUGCAUGAUUUGACCAUCAGUGGUUUGCCCAGUGAUGGUAGAGCUGAUCCGGCUGGCGGUGGUGGAAUUAUACCGCAGUCGGCUGGCGGUGAUGGACUUAUACCGCAGCCAGCUCAACAUGCAGUUGCAGGUGAACAAUCAAGUGGUGAAGUCAGUGGCCCUGGACUUAUGGCCGAAGACUUACCUCCAGUCCAGCCUCAAGAGUUGAUUGGUGCUGUUCAAGCGAGCGUUGAGCCCUCAAUUCCUUCUGUGGUUGGAACCUUGUCCAGAAGGCAGUCCUUGGAGGCCCCUCUUCCACCAACACCUACUCCUUCAACGCCUAGGAUGACUCCUGUGGAUUCCUCAAGGACGACAACAAGCAGAGCUCCCAGACUUCAAAGGGCACUCAGUCAUGCUCGUGCCAUUUCAGCCGAUGUGGAGGAAGGUGGCGCCAAGAGGCCUGCGAGUGUUGGUCCUGAACAACUUCGGUCUGACACCCGCUCUGCGUUUGAAGCUCCUGAAGCAUCUUCUCAAGCUGCUGGUUCUUCAGCGGCUCAUGACGCCUUGGUCAUUGGCAAAGAGGAUGUGAUGUCUGUGCUGAAUGUGGAUGCAGAGAAGGUUCAUCCCUUGGUGCGUCUUCAUGCUGAAGCCUGUGCCGAUCGACUCCAACCUUUAGACAGCCAUGUUCGAGACCAUGGAACUUGGCGUGGUGACUGGGAUUUUCCGUCUCAGUUGGAGUGGAACAUUCGGCAGAAGUAUGGUCUGACUUGGCCAUCGGGCAAUGAUGAUAUCAAUGAGGCCAUGGCAGUGCAGACAGCUCGUAAAGAGUACUUUUGGCACAACAUGAAUGCCAAGCAGAAGUUGGCUUUUGAGAAAGCAGCUGAAGCAGGUUGGAACGUUUGGGUGACCAAUGAUGCAGUUGAGGUCUUGUCUGACCGUGAAGCUAGCAAGAUUCGCAAUGACCUCAAGUCCAAGAAUGAAGACUGCAAAAUCCUCACGCCUCGUUGGGUGUUCACAGACAAGCAUGAUGGUUUGAGAACCCCCACCAAUAACCUGGAGUUGAAGGCAAAUGCUAGAUUGGUCGUGCCUGGAUUCAAGGAUAUUCUGGCCUAUGCAAUUCGCAAAGAUGCUCCGACAGCCAGUCGAACAAGUCAGCAUCUGACCUUCACCCUGACUGCAGCUUACUUCAAAGACUUUGGUUGGAGGCUUUUGUCAGUGGAUGUGAAAAGCGCCUUUCUCAACGGUGACCGCUAUCUUGCAGGAACGCGUGAGCUCUUCAUACAGAAUGUGAAGAACAACCAUGGCGAGCCUCAAUUGCCUUUCGGCCGCUUUGGCCUUGCUCGUGUCAAAAAGGGCGUCUUUGGUCUGAGUGAUGCGCCGAGGCAAUGGUAUUUGCGUUUGCACCGAGCUCUGACAGAGCGUGGUUGGACAAGAAAUCCUAUGGAUGCAGCAUGCUGGAUGCUGUGGGAGAUCGAUGAGAAAGGCAACUCUGUUUUGCUUGGUGUGGUGCUUUCACACGUCGAUGAUUUGCUAUGCGGCGGCAGUCCUCGUGCUCGCGAGAGCAUCCUGUCCCUCGAGAAAGAGUUGGGUUUUGGCAGCAUUGAGCAUAACUCUUUCAAUUACUGCGGCAAGAAGGUGUCUCAAGAUGAACAUGGAGUCAUUCAUGUGACCAUGCCGGAGUAUCAUGCCAACCUUCAACCAGUGAAUGUUCCUGUGCAUCGAAAGAAGAACCCCGAUGCUGAGUUGAACGAUGCAGAGAAAAAGCAGCUGAGAGCCAUUUUAGGCUCACUUCAAUGGUUGGUUGCUCAAGUUCGAGUGGAUCAGGGUUUUGCCUUGUCAACCUUGCAGGGAGAGAAGCCUACGGUGGGCACACUGAUGAGGGCGAACCUUUUGGUGAAAACCUUCAAGGCUUCAGGCAGUUUUGGUUUGCGUUUUAGGCCUAUGUCACUGGAGAAUGCAGGAAUCAUGGUGGUUUCUGAUGCGUCCCUGGGCAACGUAAACAAAGAUGGUAGCACUGCAGGUGAUGUCACAACAAAGGUCUUUAGUCAGGCUUCCUAUGUGGUUUUGAUCGCAGAGGAAAAGAUGAUGCCCGGUGAAUCAGGCAAAUUCUGCUUGCUGGAUGCGAGGAGCCAUCGUCUUCAGCGUGUAUGCAGAUCGACUUUCAGUGCUGAACUUUUGGGCACUGAAGAGGCCUUUGACGUGGGGCAAUACUGUCGUGGUUUGGUUGCUUCCUUGCGAGGCUACCCUAUGGCGGUGAGGCAUGUGGAUUCCAUUUUGGAGGCGAUCCCCAUGACCGUGGUUGUGGAUGCGAAGGACGUCUUCGAUAAGUGUCUCUCAGAUACGCCAAGCUAUGGAUCGCAGAAGUCACUGGCUUUCACAGUGGCGUGGAUCCGAACCAUGUUGCGCCGUCCCAACACAAGUUUGCGUUGGACCUCCACCGAGAAUAUGUUCGUGGAUGGCGGCACAAAGGAAAUGGAUUUGGAGCACAUGCGUGCCAUCCUAGCUGCUGGUGAAUGGUGUCCGAAGUACACCACGAAGUUCAUCAAGCAGGUUGCGAAGAGCUGCAAGCAGCGGGCCUUGACAUUGACGAGCUCUACAGCGGAGCUUCCUGGGCAGCCUUUGAGUGAGAGUCAUGCGGUUUUUCCAUAUCUGCAUCGGCUGAGUGAAACUCCCGGUUGGCAUUUUGAAGAUCGACUGGUAGUGCAGGUUGCUAGGAUCUUGGAAGAGCAGGUGCCUGUGAAGGAACUCCGUAGCUUGCAAGCCCCAAUAGGUUUUCCCUCAAAUCAUCGAUAUGUCCAAUACACCUCUCACAAGACAAGAUAUGGCCGGCAGGUAGCAUGCCCGCAUGGCAAGGAUGCCAAGGAUGCCAAGGAUGCCAAGGAUGAAGAUCAUCAGGAUCAGUAUAGGAAUAUCCAACAUUGUCACGCUCCCUUCGUUGCUGAUCCUGGUGAUCCCGCUCCGCAUGGAAGUUCCUUCGUGGCAGGCUAUGUUGCAAACAUGGAAGCGUAG